AUGGGGAUGGAAGACGAGUUCGCCGAAGCCGUCGAAGCAGCCCUGAAGAUCGACUUCAAACCAAGCGAUGAUCGCGAGAGUGAGAUCAACAUGUUUGAGAUCAUCAUACGCUACCUGGGGGGCUUCAUAGGCGCUUACGACGUAUCUGGUUGCCACGACACCCGCCUUCUGAACAAGGCUCUCGAAAUAGCGGACAUGGCUUAUGCGACCUUCGAUACACCCAAUCGGAUGCCUGUGUCGAGAUGGAAACCCGGGAAGGCGGCGGAUGGCGAAGAGCAGCUGCCAGCGCUCUCAGUACUCAUAGCUGAAGCCGCUUCCGCUAGUGUGGAGUUCACUCGCCUCUCCCAAAUCACAGGGGAUAUGCGGUAUUUCGACGCCAUCUCCAGGGUUACGGACGUACUUGAUGAACAGCAAGGGUCCACAAAGCUUCCUGGAAUGUGGCCGAUCAGCGUCGACAUGCGGACACCCAACCUGACUUUCGACGCUUUCUUUGGGCUGGGUGCCAUGGCCGACUCGGCAUUUGAGUAUCUGCCGAAGAUGUAUCAGUUGCUCAACGGGAACGAGCCGGCUGACCAGUAUCGCAAGAUGUACGAAUACGCGAUGGAUACGGCGAUAAAGUACACCAUGUUUCGACCCAUGGUGAAAGACAAGGCCGACAUCUUGGUCGCAACCGCGAAACAUGAUGGCCCUGAUGGACAACGAGACGACACUGGGCAGCACCUGGUAUGCUAUGCUGGAGGUAUGCUGGCGCUUGGCGGGCGGCUCUUCGACAACCAGACCCAUCUCGACGUGGGACGGAAAAUCUCUGAUGGUUGCGCGUGGACCUAUAAGAAUGCACCGAACGGCAUCAUGCCUGAAGUCUUUUCGAUGACACCGUGUCCGUCGUUGUCAGAGUGCGAUUACACACCAGGCGCAAAGCCAUUCAGCGCAGUCCACGAUGGCCGUUAUAUUCUCCGGCCAGAAGCGAUCGAGUCGAUCUUCUACAUGUUCCGGCUCACGGGUGAGACCAAGUAUCAAGAGAUCGCGUGGGACAUGUUUCAGGCGAUCGAGGCGAAUACGAAGACUGAAUUCGGCAACGCCGCGCUCCAAGACAUUAUGUCGACCCCGCCACCAAAGAGUGACAGCAUGGAGGUAAGUCCUAGAUACGCGAUGCUUCCGAAACAAACGCUGACUUAA